AUGGCCACACCGCUGAUAUCGUCAUCAGUGCAGGUGCGGCUGGCCCGCCACAACGCCAAAAGGGACCGCGUUCUCCAGGUGCUCCGCAAAUACGCCCUGUUUGUAGGGCCGGGGAUCAUGGUGCUGGUGGCGUAUAUGGACCCCGGUAACUAUGCCACUGGUGUCACUGCCGGGGCCCUGAACCAAUACUCGCUUUUAUUUAUCGUGUUCUUGCUGAACCUCAUCGCCAUCUUCCUCCAAAUCUUAUGCAUCCGCUUAGGGACAGUCACUGGCCACGACCUUGCCCGCUGUUGUCGUGAACACUUGCUGCCUAAAGUCAAUUACGUGCUUUGGUUCUUGGCUGAGUGUGCCAUCAUUGCUACCGAUGUCGCUGAAGUGAUUGGUCUGGCUAUUGCCCUCAAUAUCUUGUUGCGGAUCCCGUUGCCGGCCGGUGUCGUCAUCACUAUUGUCGAUGUCCUCUUUGUGUUGAUGGCGUACCGCAAUGAUACCCUGUCAACAAAGUUUGUCAAGAUUUUCGAGUACGCAGUGGCGGCGAUGGUGCUUGUGGUCGUCAUCUGUUUCGCCGUGCAAUUAGGCGCUAUCCACGCUAACGCUCGUGACGUGUUCAGAGGGUUUGUCCCGUCAAAGCAAAUGUUUGAUGGCCUGGGGAUGACUAUUGCCACCUCGAUCGUUGGUUCCACGGUCAUGAUCCAUCUGCUCUUUUUGGGCAGUGGCCUUGUGGCUCCUCGUCUUCGCGAAUACGAUGUUCAACACGGUAACGUCGACUUGGCCUCUGUCUGCAGUCAUGACGAUAGCGACACCGUCACCACUGCCACGACUACUACUUCCGCAGAACGUCCUGACACUUGGUGGAACCGUCUUCGUCUGCGGAUGGUGGAACUGCUGCCCCAAUUUCCUUCACUGGCUCUCACGGAACAACUGUCGCUGGGCCUGGAUCACUGGUGGACCAAGGCUAAGGAGAAGUUGCCAUUUGUCGAGACUAAGCUGCACGAAGACAUUCGGGCUGAGAAGGAAAAGCAGCAAAUUCAGGUGAGAGAAGCUGAGUACUUCUACCGUCGGUAUAAGCCAUCGUAUGCUGCCAUUAAGUACUGCAUGAAGUUCUCCGUGAUAGAGUUGGUGGUCACAUUAGUCACGUUCGCUCUCUUCGUCAACUCGGCAAUUGUCAUUGUCGCUGGGGCGACGUUGUACGGUACUCCCGAAGCCAUCGACGCCGACUUGUACACCAUCCAUGACCUUUUGAGUCAACUGUUGGCUCCCGUUGUCGGUACCAUCUUCAUGCUUGCGCUCUUAUUCUCCGGUCAGCUGGCCGGGAUUGUGUGCACCAUUGCUGGGCAAAUGGUGUCGGAGGGCCACAUCAACUGGACGUUGAAGCCGUGGUUGCGUCGUCUUGUCACUCGUUCGAUCUCGAUUAUCCCCUGUCUCAUUAUUUCUGUGUGUAUUGGACGUAACGGGUUGGGUGUGGCGCUUAACGUGUCGCAAGUGGUGAUCUCCAUUCUUUUACCGCCGCUCUCAGCGCCACUUAUUUGGUUCACAUGUAAGAAGCAAAUCAUGAAAGUGGAGUUGCCCGACGACGUUGAAGGCGGGGUCGAGAUUGACGGCAAGCGCUACCGGUUCUACGCCAACAAUUGGAUCACCACAAUAGUGGCCGUUAUUAUCUGGGUGUUAGUGUCGGCGUUGAACGUCUACGCCAUCUACGACAUGGCCAAAAACGGCGUGUAA